AUUUGCAAAAAAUCUUGGUAUAAAUACUACCAUGAAACACAAGUUUAGACAUUAGUUUCAAGUGAUCUACCACAAGAGGUAUUCCGAAACAAUAUUCAAGAUGAAAUCGGCUCUGGCCAUUGCUUUGUGCUUCUGCCUAUUCACGGCUGCUACUGCUGCUCCACAUCCAGGACUUAUCAGCUCUCUGACCGGUAUUAUUGGAACCGUUGUGAAUGGCACAGCAACUGUGAUCAACACUGCCAUCACUGGCACGACGAACAUCAUCACUGGCAUUCUGACUGGCAUCACUGCAGGUAUCACUGGUACGCAGACGUCCCUUAACACUGCUAUCAGCAAUGUCGGAGGCCUUAUCGCUAACAUCACAACCGGAGUUGCUAAUGCCACUGGAACCGCUCUGACCAACGCCUUCUCCACCUUGAUCAACGCUCAUGUUGCCUUGAACAAUGUUGCUGUUGCCGUCGCCGGAAACAUCUCUGCCGAUGCAGCUACCGCCUUGAACAAAACUGUCUCAGGCCUCCAAACCCUUGCUGCCAACCUGAACUCCACCAUUGCCAACGCCAUCAGCGCCGGAAUCACCGGAACCUCUACCUUCCUGAACAACUUGAACAACCUCACGAAUUCCAUUAAGGCUGCCAUUCAGAACGUUACUGGAACAUUGAGCACGGUCCUUCCGAAUAUUGCUUCCAACAUCCAGACCCAGCUGAAUUCCACGAUUGCUGGCAUCGCUGGACUUGUCUCAAAUAUUGGCGCUAACCUUGGCACUGCUGUUAACAAUGCUUUGACGAAUGCCACCACUGCUCUAACCAAGGCUGAAUCUGUCCUCGGUACGUUGACCAGCAACGUUCUCGGAAACUUGACAACUCAAGCUCAAGCAGCUGUUCAAACCGGUGUCACCAACAUCAAGAACCUGGCCGAUGCUCUCAAGACAACGUUGACCAAUGCUGUCAGUGCUGGUACUACCACUGGAACUAACCUGGCCUCAGCCUUGAAUAACCUUACGAGCGCCAUCAACUCGACCCUCCAAGGUAUCACUGGUAUUCUGUCUGGAUCGGUUCCCACUCUACUCAACAACGUGCAGAGCCAGCUGAACAACGGCAUCAGUACCCUGACCAAUCUUGCUGCAUCUGUUGGAAACACCCUCGGAACAGCCGCUGGAACUACUCUCGGCAAUGUAGUCUCUGCUCUGGCUAACACUAAGGCUGCCUUGGCCACCGUUGCCACCAACGUGCUUGCCAACGCUACCGCUUUGGUGUCGGCCGAUGUGAAGGCUGCCGUUGCGGACAUGCAGUCUAUCGCUAGUACCCUGAAUGCCACCCUGGCCAACGCCGUUGCCAACGGAGCAGCCCUGACCAGUGGAGUUCUGUCAACGCUGAACACUUUGGCGGCCAACUUGAACGCUACAGUCCAGGCCGUGGCCAGUGCCGUCGUUACGGCUCUGAACACUACCACCACCACGACGACUACCACUACGACCACCACGGCCGCUCCGACGACCGCCGCACCCUUCUGCGGAGUCCUCUGCCAACUGAUUAAGGCUCUUGGAUAAGUUAUUCCUGUUUUAGUUAACCUACAUAGAAAUGCAAUUUCUUCACUUGUGAAAGUUGAAGUUUCGUAAUAAAUGCGCAAAACAAAUUA